UGGCCGCAUGCUUUACACAUCCCCUUGACCUGGCCAAAGUGCGCAUGCAGAGUCUUGGUCCUACUGUACCAAGUCCAUCUAUGCUCAAAAUUCUGCGCCACUCGAUAUCCAACUAUGGACUUCGUAGUGUUUAUACCGGUCUCUCCGCCUCGCUUAUGCGUCAAAUGACCUACUCGCUCGUGCGUUUAGGCAGCUAUGAAGAAAUGAAAAGAUUCAUAUCUGAGAAUGGUCAUCCCCCAUCUACUGGGAAGCUUCUUCUGGCCGCUGGCGUGGCUGGUGGUUUAGGAGGAAUAGCAGGAAAUCCAGCAGAUGUUCUACUGGUUCGGAUGACCAGUGACUCCAUUCGUCCGCCAGAGAAGCGCUAUAAUUACCGUAACGCUAUCACUGGACUUAUCUCUUUGGUAAAAGAGGAUGGCCAGAAGGGUCUUGCACGCGGCCUCGGGACAAAUACAACCCGAGCAGUCUUGAUGAAUACAUCACAGGUUGGAUCCUAUGACUUUUUCAAAACCACUCUCUUGCAAUACCCUAUACCCUUGGUCAACUAUCAAUUCCAUGAUGGCUUCUUCUUGCAUGUAGUUGCAAGUCUUGCAGCCGGAACAUGCGGCACGACCGUGUGCUCUCCUGCUGAUGUCAUAAGAACAAGGAUCAUGGGCUCUUCUGGAAAUGCUAGUCCAAUAGAGGUCCUAGUCCGUUCCCUGCGCGAGGAAGGUCCCGCAUUCAUGUUCAAAGGCUGGACGCCCGCUUGGAUGCGUCUUGGUCCCAACACCGUCCUGAUGUUCGUCUUUUUCGAGCAACUGAAACGUGGCUGGUCCUCCUUGGUCCCCUCAUAAUCUAUAUUCAAUUCUGCUGCACAUCGUCGGGCACACAAUACCUCAUGUCUUCAAGUUGUCGGAUUGACGCUUGGACAUUCACAUGAAUGCCAUUAAGACGCUAUAUGAUAUAUCCUAGACAUAUAACCUUGGAUUCAUAUCACUUUCACACUCUAUUCACUGAUAAGUAUAUCAUCUACUGAGGUGGAUGCUUACUCGAACUCACAAUAGCUAACCUGGCGGAAAGGUAGAAUAGCUACAUACUUGGGACAAGCUUAGGAUUUGCGAAUUUUCUCAACCAACAGCUACUUAUUAUAGUACUUGUCGCGCACGCAAUUAAGAGACCUAUGUAUUAAUUCUUUGCAGCGCCGUUAUUUCGCGGUUAGCGUCCAGAUU